ACAUCACAGCGUUAAGUGUGAACUAUGAACACAACGUCAGAAGUUGUGUUAUAGUGCGAUCGGGUGUUGCGUUUAACCGUGUUGUACGCGAUGUCAUUUUGUUUGUCAACAAAAAACUUAGUUUUGUAUAGACAAAUUAGAGUGUGAUUAACAGCCAAAAUGUGUGUACGGUGAUAAGUUUUGUGCCUUAAGUUUUAAAUUAAAUAUGAAUAUAUAAAUGCACAGAAUAUGGAAGGAGCAAACGCUGAUUCGGACCAUUCUAUGAGUUGGGAGGACUUUUUCGGUAGCACAACAGAUCUCACACCAACCCUAAUCGGUAUUUACGAUGCUCUUCUAGAACCAGCAAAAAGUCUAAGACCAGAAGUGGCCAUUCUUGAAACUGCCAAAGAUGCACGCAACGACCCACCAGUACCAAACUCAACUAUGACAGAAGAUAAGAACAAAGAAAACACAGUCCACCCCAGCCCACCAAAACACCCGUCAAAAAUCAUAGGAAGUGUUAAACUUCCAAUAGCAACACUAAACAAAAGUUCCCUUUACAACCUUAGGACAAAAAGUGACGGUGUAAGUGAUAAAAGUGAUCCUAGUGAUGACAAAAUCCAAAGGACGUUUAAAGAAGCAAAGACAGAUGCCUUCGAUAACCUCUCGCCAAAUGUUAAACGUAUGCUAUCCAGUGCAUCGGAGACUACAACACUGCGAUUUCAAAAGAAAACAGUUAAUAUAACGAGAUCAUCAGGCAGGAAGUGCAAUAUACCUUUAGUGGGUGCUACAUCAAAAAUUUCACAAUCUGGUUUAGAAAUCUUACCAUCAGUGGAAAUUUACGAUCAACCUAACUUGAAGCUUAACAAAAUCCAAGACUCACCUCCUCUAAUCAAGCCAGAUUUUAAAAUUGAUGAACCCGAAACUUAUGAUGUUCCCACUAAUAACCAACCCGCGAUUUACGAUGUUCCUAACAAUAACAAAACUGCGUUCGAGUCCCUCUCACUGCCAUAUAUUGAUCAAUCUAUCGAAAUGUCUAUAUCGAAUGACAGAGAAUUCGAUACUAAACUAUCGUCUAAAGAUAACUCCCCCUUAAAACCUAAUACAUCUACACCACUUAUAUCACCAGCUAAGCUGAACGACACGUUGCCUAGAAAAGAAUCAAAGUUGGUUAAGAGCGGGCCUUAUCCUCAAUCGGUAGGUUCAACCGGAAAUUUAAGGCCGGAGAAGGAGAUGGCUAGACUUAAUCCACCAUUGCAAGUCACAAGGCCACUGUCAAUGAGUUCUAUAGCCUCGUCAAGCUCAACGUCUAGUAGUGGUGUACAAAAUAAAGGAGUGAAUUCAGCGUACCUCGCGUCUAUAGAAAGCUUGGAUGACCAUAGCGAUGCAGAUAUGACAUCUGGCAAUGGAAGUAACAAUUUUAUGAACAGUACCGGAAUACUUAAGACGAGUGUUUCGGAGGAGAGUCGGACCGAGAUAACAAAUCACAACUUAGAAGAAUUAUCCGGGCUGUCUCAGCUGGAGAGGGUGUGCGCGGAAAUAGUUCAGACUGAGAACGUGUAUGUCGAGGAUUUGAGACAAGUUGUAGAGGGCUACUUACACGUCUGGCGACGGGAUGCGACAUUUUCUGAAGAUGAACUGACAGAACUAUUCAACAAUAUAGAAGACAUCUACGGGUUUAACAAAUCUCUCUGCGCCGAGCUAAAUUCCUGCCAUCUGGACGCCACCUGCAUUGCUCGAUGCUUCGUCAAUAAUACAUCAGGGUUCUCAGUCUACACAUCGUAUUGUACUGGAUACCCAUGCACUAUGGAGAGGUUGGCAGCCCUGGCCUCGAAGCCUCAAAGUGCAAGGGAGUUCAGGGAACGCCAAUUAGGGCUGAACCACCCAUUGCCACUUGCGUCCUACUUGUUGAAGCCGGUGCAACGGAUUUUGAAGUAUCACUUGUUGUUACAGAACCUUGUAAAGCAGUGUGCUUCGCGGGAAACAGAGUAUGCCUUCUUGAAGAUGACUGGAAUCGCUCAGCAUAUAGACGAUAUGAAGAGACGCCAUGAACACGCUGUGAGAGUACAAGAAAUCCAGUCACUUCUGUACGGAUGGAGUGGUCCUGAUCUGACAACUUACGGAGAGUUGUGCGCCGAAGGGACAUUUAGAGUAUUCGGCGCGAAGGCGAUGCGACACGCCUUCCUCUUCGACAAAAUGCUGCUUGUGACUAAAAAUAGGGAAGAUGGAAUUUUGGCUUACAAGUCGCAUAUAAUGUGCAACAACAUGAUGUUAGUAGAAUCGAUAUCUGGGGCGCCCCUUUCCUUCCACGUGAUCCCUUGGGACGCGCCGCGGGCGCAACUGACUUUACAAGCACGCUCGCCGCGGCACAAGCGAGAAUGGACUUUAUUGCUUAAGAGGGUAAUAUUAGAAAACUACAAUGCAGUUAUACCCUCUCACGCUAGACAAUUAGUAAUGGAACUUGGACAAAACAAAACUGAUGAUGACAUCCUAGCGGAGAAAUCUCACAACUUAAUAACUCAAGCAUCCAUGAGAAAGCAACUCUCCGCGCCCGAAUAUCUCGAAAAGCGAAAAUUGGAACGAGAAAGACGAAAAUCUUUCGAGAAUGGCACAAGGGGACGAUCAAAGAAGCCAAACAGGAAACACGCGGUUCCCGAUUCAAGGGAUACGAGCCAAGACUGUGACUGCCCUCAAGUGUCCGCUGAAAAAGGCACAGAUUAUACUUGCGAUAAUUGCUACAUUGACCUCUGUUCCGAUUGUGAAAUCGAACUGUCAAAAGAUAAAAAAGAAGAAAAGUGCACUUGUAAAACUGUUGACGACGAGAAAUGCCCCGAAUGUGAUCGAUCCCUUAAUUAUAUUGACGCAGGAAGUGCUGAAAACGUAGAACGAAAACCGAUUUGCAAAUGUUCAGAUUUUAAAUCGUCGCAGGAAAGUUUCAGCAACAAUUCAUUGAAUAAAACCCGAUGCUACCAUUCCUCUGAUAACAUAGUUGGGUAUGAUGUUAAGAGCAAAGAAGAUGUAUCAGAUUUGACUAGUGUUAAAAUAUCAAAAACAUGCCUUAAAUGUUCGAAGAUUAAAGAAAAUAUACCCGUGACUGAUUCUGUGGGAAUCCUACAUACGAGAAAGUCUAGAUGUGUCGAUAUCGAUAAGACCAAAACGGAUACUCUAAGAUCUAAAUCAAAAGAUGACCCGCAAAGAUCAAAACUAUCAAGAAUUGGUACAUGGAGACGAAAAUCAGAACCUGGGUUACAACAAAAUGGUCAAAGUAUAUUAGCUAAAAGAUCUCAUGAUAGUGAUAGUGAAAGAAACGAUGGGAGAAAUGAUAAAAUUGAAUUUGAAUGUAGAAAUUGCGGAUCUAAUAGGAUUAAUAAAAAAAUAAAAUCAUCCGAUGGAAAUCUAGCUUCUGACAUAGAAGAGAGACGAAAAUUGAAUGUUAUUAAGCAAAACUUAGAAAUCAAAAUGUACAAUACGAAAAAUAUACCUAAAAAGAUAACAAAGAUUAAGAAAAACAGAGCCAAAGGUCGUCUCAGCUCUGACACGACAACUCGAUUUUAUACUGACUUCUCUAGUGACGUAUCUACUGAGAUCCUUCAUAUAUCUGAAUCCAACGACAGCCUCAAUAUCGAAGAUUCAAAAGUUACAAAAAAUAAAUUUGUGAUACCAGAGACAAUCACUAAGGAUGAGGGAAUAGACGAAGAAACAUAUAAAAAACUCAUAGAAAAGACAGACUCGUUUAAAAAGAAUGAAUUAGAAAAGGUGAAGUACUUACACAAACAGAAAAUUAUAAACGAAGGUACCGAAAUCGACGAAAACGCUGAGGCACAACAACUACCAGAUGACGUUCAAGAAAGUUGCGAAGAGAACGAACAACCACUUGAACAGAUAAUAUCUCAACUUUUGAUGCAAAAUAGAGAGUUUCAAAAACUAUUAAAGAAACAACAAUUAAGAAAUACUGCUCAAAAAAGGCAUCAACGUCUGCUUAAAUCACAUUCGAUUCCUGAUCAGGUCAUUUCGGGUCGCAAUGAUGUAAUAAAGUUUAAACCUAAAUUUGGACGGCAAAUGUCAGAAAAUCUACAACUUUCCAUUGACGAAGACGACGUCAACAAUGAUGAAUAUCAAAAAGGAAUAUCUGACGAUGACCAUAUCUAUGAAACUUUGAGAGUAGAAGACCGUAUAGAUGAAAACCUGCAUAGUCUUAAUAGCAAAAGUAAAUUAAUUCAGCAUCAUCCACCUAACAAAAAGUCACCACCGAGUUCUUUAAUACACUUGUCUUCAGAAAAGCCUAAGAACGGAGGACCUGAGUCUGAUUAUGUUUAUCUUUCAUUUGAAGAAAUAAAAAAAGUAACCGAUGCUUUGGACAAUGGUAUCUAUGACGUUCCCGCUAAAACACCAGAGAAAGUAGUGGACCAUUCAGAUAGACGUAGCACAGAUUAUUACGUUACCAUGGAACAUAAUGGUCCAGCUACGGAAUCUAAUGAAAACUUAUAUGAUAAUUUAGUAGAUAUAUGUAGAAGAAAAAAGGAAGCUCCGAGCACACUACCGGCAGAUUAUUUGCCAAUGAGUCCAGAUCAUCAAAGCCCAAAUACUCCAGAAAUUUGGUUAAGUCGUCAGAAGGAACAUUUCAAUGUCUCUAGGGACAGAAAGUCGGGCUCUUUACCUCGAAGUUUCCAAGUUCCUACAAGUAGUCCAGAAGAUAAUAAUCUUAGUACAUUUAAAUCGAAGCCUAAUGCAAAUAGUAAGACAUAUCUUAACCGAGAUGGAAAAGUGAUGAGCGUUGAUCGACCAUUCACAAUUGCGUCAGAUCAAAGUGAAAUAAGCUAUGAUGACGUCGAGGCUUACAUGAGUGAAGGCGACAUACUAAAAUUCAAUAAAAGUUCUAAAUCUACUGAUGAUUCACAAAACAUUAGUCAAUCUACAUUAGAACUGGAGGAAGAGAUAGACAGAUGCUACAAAAAUAAUUUCGAAAAGAUUGGUUUAGAUUCAAAUAAAAACGAAAACAUUUUGAAAGACGCUCAUAAUAAUUUGGACAUAUCAGUUGCGUCCUCUUGCGAAGCUUUAAUUGUCGACCAAAGUGAUAAGUCGAAAAUGGAUGUAAUACACCCAGAACAUAAAAUUUACAAACCAAAUGGAAACGUGCUGUCCCUAAAAAAUGUUUUAAGUCGAUUCAAAAAUCGGACUCCACCGAAAGGCGAAGAAAUGGAGAUAAAUGCCAAUGAACAGUGUCUUGUGGAUAACAAAAGUGAUCUCAAGAGUCCUACAAACGAAAAACGAUCCGCUCUUAACCCUAGAAGUUACUCUAAAAACUUAUUGCAGAGAUUUAGAAAUAUUAUCGGCGAUGAACAUUCGGAUGAUAAUCAAAACAAAAUUGAAUCAAAAGUAUCCAAAAUUGAUUCUAAUGAUAUUAAAGUUGUCAUAACAUCUGAAAGUAGUCCAACCACAUCUAGUAUCGUCUACUCUGCAUCGGAUGCUCUCAGUAAAAGUGUUUGUGAAAAUACUACAAUGAGUGAAAGUCAAACAGAGAAAAAUAAUCUAGAACUAUUAUCUCAUAGCUGUGAUAACUUAUCUCAAAAGACGUUUAGACCAUCAUACGAGAAAAGCGUUAGUAUGAUAACGUCUAUGCCCAAUUCCAUUAGCAGUACACCUUCGCCGUCAAAAUCUAACAAUAGUUCUUAUCAGAGUUUGAAUAAAUUGCCGAGUUACAUGCAAGGCAGUCGCCACUUAGGCGCUAGAAUAGCUCAAUCCGAUUAUGUCGAUCCAAUGACUUUACUUAAUGAAAGAAAUCAAUUGAAGAACAUCAAUAUACUUAUUAAUAAAAAUUCUAUGCGGCCAGAUAGUUUAUUUUCUAAUUCAUCAUUUGUAACGUCAUCAAGUGAAAGUACAUAUCAAGAACCACAAAAAUCUCAGAAUCAAGCGAAUGUUUCUGAAAAACCGACCGAGACCGCCCAGAUUCAUUCGGACGAAAGUUUUUAUGAAAAAUCGUUUGAAAAGAUUGAACAAGUUACCGAUGAAGAUGUUUUUAGAGAUUCAGCUGUUUAUUCGGACCAAGAAGACGCGGAAGAUAAAGAACCCGAAAAACCUAAACAAGCUAUUAAAUUAAACAGAGUCGAGAGUCUCAAACGUGAGUCAUCGUUCAACUCAAAGAAAAUUAUAUCGAGCAUCACUGAAAUAUCUAGCAUACAAACUGUUACUAUAAACAAAAUACAUAGUACAACCAAAAGUACUGUAACGAAAGAAGACAGAGCGAUAAGGUCAAAAAUAGCACCGCCAGUUCCAAUUAAACCUAAAAUAACACAGACUUCGUCAGUAUCUACGAUACAAACUAAAACUGUCAGUAACAAAAAUUUAGUUAAGGAACAACAGUCAUCAUCAUCAGAAUCUGUUAAUGAUCGAACAAUGAAACGAAACACGAGUAGUAAACCAGGAUUUGCACGAUCAGAAUCUACUCCUCCAAGUAAAAGCGACGGAAGAGUUAAGCUUAAAGCUGAAACAAAUACUAAGCAGGAACCAGACUCUGAAGAGGGAAAGACUAAUAUACAAAUCAAAAGAUUAGGUUUUGAAAGAGCUAGCUUAGAUUCAGCGAUACGCAAGCGUCCCAUAGAGAAAAAACGAUCCUUAGAACAGCCAAAGACCAAAUCAGUUUUAGAGAGACGAAUGGAACUGGAACAGUUAACAAAAGCUCAAAAUAGAACUAUUAAAAAACCAGCAAUUAAACCAAAGUUGAUCACAAAAGUUCAAACAUUUGAAAGAUCCGAAAAUACAGUAGAAAAUAAUGUAAAUAACGACAUUCCUGUAGAUAAACCCAGUAUUAUUGACGACCCAAACGAUGAACAAAAAGGUAGUUGGGUGAAACAAGUGGUUAAUAAAUUCCAAUAAUUGCAUUUAAAAACGAUUCCGUCUGGUUUUGUACUCCAUUCAUGGGAAACGAGUAGAUGAGUGUAAAAGGCAGUAAUCUAUAGGCUACCUAGAGGUAGAGAUAUUUAAAGAUAUUCUAGAUGUAAACACGUAGGUUUUUGUAUACAGCCACUCAUUCUGAAGAAAAACCAAUGACUAGGACUUAAAGGGGGAAAAGACCUCUAACUAUACCUCAAUUAUUUAUUUAUUUCAUCCAAAAUAAUUUUCAAUAAAUAAAUAACAGAGGAGAGAAUCGUAAAAUUUAUUCAUAAACUGUUGCUUUACUUCAGACAGAGACGGCCAUAAACAAUUUAAGUUUGCCUACCAACACAAUUCUAGGUGAUACAAAUUACAAUGUUGCCACAUACAUGGUUGGUUGGUAUAAUGGUAAAACUGCCUUAUACUUCUCUAUUUGUUUGUCUUACUAAUUUUUUUUACGGUUAUAGUAAUACCCUUGUGAAUAGACUUAGCAUUAUAUAAUCAUCGUUUCGAUACCUAAUACUAACAUAGAGCUUAAAAGGUUGUAAAUAGUUAAUAUCAAACCUCCUUGGCUUGAUAUUUUGUGCCAUAGACAAGGUAAUAUUUUUAUAUGGCAACAGCACAUAAGCACGCACACUGUAAAUAUCGUUAUACAUAAUAAAUCAAUUUAUUGACAUCAAUUUUAAUCAAAUUAAUCGGUUUUUAGCUUAUACAAACGUGCCAUUUAGCACAAAAUUGUUCUACGUGCAAUUGCUUGAUACUUAAAGUAUUUAUUCUAGUUUAUUUUUGUUGUAGCUACUAACACCAAAAAGUAGUUUAUUUUAUCUUAAGACAAAUCUAUUUUUUUCUUGAUUUAUUAUAUAAUUGCUAUCAAAAUAGUGAUAAAAUCAAUGAUCUACGCGGCAAAAUUUUAAAAUAAACAUCAUUGGUUAUCAUUUAGGACGAUACAAUCAUACACAUUUCACACAUAUUUGUCACACACAACACUAUCAUUUUUAGACGACUUUGCACUUAAUUAUACUGAAAUGAAGUACAUAAGCUAAUAUCGUAAUUUAAUUCAGUUAAUAAAUCAUAAUCAAAAUUAAAAUUACUUGUCAAAUCUAAAUCAUUACAAUAUUAUUAAUACAUUAUCUUAAUCUAUUCCAAGAAUACUUAACACAUGGAGACUGUUAGAAUAAGUUCAACACAACUAACCUAGUGUAAUCGAAAUCUCAAAAUGUACUCUACUUAUAAAACUUGGUCAUAAAAUUAAUGUAUGGAUAUUAUAUUCUCAUAAAAUCGACUUGGCAAAUUCAACAAUUAUACAUACGUUUGACAAAUUUAUCGUUGGACACAGAAGGCAUAUAGACGUAAACUUUUGUUUCUGUUGAGUCCACCUGCCACAUUUCGACACCAUACGAGCCGUAUCAAAAUUUCAUCAACAUUUCCUUGAUGGCUGGAACUGUGGACUUCCGGUGGGGGUCUUCGCUGAAAGAUAAAGAGUAAGAGUGUACUCCUCGCUCAUAGGCCGACAAUGCACAAAUCAUAGGUGUCCAUGCACUGUGAUGACUGCCUUCCUAUUAUAUAAACCAACGGUUUGGAAAUAUUUAAAAAAAUGUAUAUAUCUAUUUUAUUCUGUGCACAUGAGCGUAAAUUACAAUUUUUACUUACAACUUUACGAGAAUAUAAUAACCACGUUUAAAUUGGUAUUUAAUCACACGUAAUAUGCCUUAUUGUAUCGAUUAUAUAAUCAAGCCUUAAAAAGUGCAAAAACAUUGUAGUUUUAUACCAUGGUUUGUGAAUGAAAUAAUUUUUUUUUCCGUUUUAAUUAAAGAUUGAAUAACGUCUACCUUACUUUUAGUUGAUAAUAUAUUAUAUAUAUGCCUCAACUUUCCUGAAAAUGAACUCGGAAUUUAUUUUUAGUGGCAACAUUUGUUUUCCUUCACGAUUUUUUAAUGCAAUAAGAGGCAAACGGGCAGAAGGUGUAAACAAUAUUCUUAAACGAUUAUUUCAUUGACAAACCAAUAUUUUUAUACCUAUUCGAAUAUGUACAAUGCAGUUGUGAGCGUUAAUACGCGUAGAGUCUUAGGUAUUUUGUAAUGUGUACUAACCAAUGCCGAACUUUUGGUAUAUUCUGAAAUAAAUGAAUUUUUCAUUA